CGAGUGACCACUCAGCUUCCAUCACUGCACCAACAAACCUCACAAACCAAUCACCAUGAAGUUCUUGCUCAUUGCUGCUUUAGUUGUAACUGUAAUGUGCGAGGAAGAAGUUAAGAAGACUGAAAAACGAGGUCUGUAUGGUCUCGGCUACGGGUACCGCGGGCUCGGCUACGGUGACCACGGUUAUAGCGGGAACCUUCUAGGCUACUACAGCGCACCACUCUACAACAGCUACUACGGUUACAAUGGUUACGAUGCCCCAGUUUACAGCAGCGGUCUCCAAGGAUACUCCGGUUACGGUGGAAAUGUAGGUUAUGGAUACUAUGGCGGUGGACCCUACAAAUAUGGAUACAAUGGAUACGGAGGUCAAAGUGGUUACGGUGGUCUCGGUGGAUACGGUGGUCUUGGUGGAUACGGCGGACUUGGAUUCUACCGGUAUCAUUAAGCGAUUGAUUACCAUUUGUUUGCUUCAAAUCGUGUCCAAUGUAUGUGUUUACAGUAUUCGUAAUAACAUCUAAGGAGCUAUCAAAAAUGUACAUAAAUCUUAGAAGUUUUAAAAUCGCUUCUUUCCUCUGUCGUUGUUGAUGUUGCAAGGAUUUGUUGAGCUUUUGUA